ACUUUGAUCAGUGUGAAAAUGGCCCUGCUUUUGGAAACAAGGAUGAAAAUCAGAUGCUUUCUGAGUUUUGUGAUGGUUUUAUCAUAAUGGAGGAAGAAGCAGAGAAUCUUUCUGUUUCUCUGCCUAUCUCCGAGUUGAAAGAAACAGAAGAAGCUGUGGAAAAGGAGGAAGAACUGAUUGUUAAGGAAAAUGAAAAAAUUACCAUGAAGGAUAAAUCUGUUCAGGUUUCUCUAGAAGAGGAUGCCUCUGUCAAAAUCCUGCCUCACCAUUUGGAAUUCUUUUUUGAUUACACUGGUAAUAAGUUAGUUCCAGUUGAUAUGAUCGAUUCAGCAACUGAGGAAGAUCAGAUGACUUACACAAAUAAGGAUGAGGAUCAGACUCAUGAUGAUAUUCAAGAAGCAAAUUUGGAGACUGAGGUGAACUGUAAGGAUGACAUUGAAAUGGUUGUGGAAAAUAAGUGCAGAGAAUUGGGGUCGGAGGCAGCAAUGUCUAGCUAUAGAAGUGAAGAGGAGCCCAAGUACGCUAUACUCGAAUCUGUGGAAAUGGAAGAGGAUGAAAAUUCUUGGGUUUUCCAAGCUGUUGAAUCUCAUUCACCAAGGGAUGUGUUUGAACAAUUUGAAGUUACAACUCCAUCUCCAAAAACGGAUGAUUUUCCCGCAAUGCUAGCAGCAGAAGAGGAAGACAAACACAUUGAUUUUCCUCCAGCGUUUGAAGAAGUUUCUCAAGUGCAAGUUAAUGAGACUGAUGCAGAGGUCUCAAUUGGUACUGAAAUUCCUGAUUUGGAUGCAACAGACGAUGUUCAACUUCAAGAUACUAUUAGUUCCUACGAAUGUACACCCAAAGAUCCUUCCUCAAGUUUGGCAAUUAUGCAAGUCGAUUCUGACCAUGGUACUGAGGAAGCUCUGGCAUGGACAAUAGAAUUGCACACCUCGUCAGUUGAUUUGAGUGAGCUAACAAUGAGCAAUCAAUCAUCAUUUUGCCCAGAUUUAAAUGGGAUUGAAGAAGAUAAAGUUCCUGAUACGCCGACCUCUGUUGACAGUUUGCAUACUUUGCACAAGAAACUGCUGCUACUUGAAAAGAAGGAUUCAGGAACUGAAGAUUCUUUAGAUGGAAGUGUCAUCAGUGAAUUUGAGUGCGGUGAUGGUGUCAUGACAAGUGAACGCCUGAAGACCGCACUAAAAGCUGAAAGAAAAGCUUUACAAGCUUUAUAUGCCGAAUUAGAAGAAGAAAGAAGUGCUUCUGCAGUGGCUACUAAUCAGACAAUGGCAAUGAUAAACAGACUUCAGGAAGAAAAGGCACAAAUGCAAAUGGAAGCUUUGCAGUAUCAAAGAAUGAUGGAAGAACAAUCUGAAUAUGAUCAAGAAGCUUUGCAACUUUUAAACGAGCUUAUGGUAAAGAGGGAAAAGGAAAAGCAGGAGCUAGAGAAAGAACUGGAGAUAUGCAGGAGGAAAGUAAUGGAAUAUGAGACAAAAGAAAGGAUGAGACUGUUAAGAAAAAGCAAGGAUGGAAGCGCUAGAAGUGGAUUCUCCUCAACCUCAUGCAGCAAUGCUGAGGAUAGUGAUGAGUUGUCCAUUGAUCUGAAUCAAGAAGCAAAGGAAGACGAUAGCUAUUAUAGUCAUCAUGAGUGCAGUAAUCACCACAACACUCCUGUGGAUGCAGUUCUGAAUCUGGAAGAAUCUUUAGCUGAUUUUGAGGAAGAGAGGCUGUCCAUUCUAGAGCAACUAAAGGUUUUAGAAGCAAAGCUUGUGACGUUGGAUGAUGAAGAUGAACAACGCUUUGAGGAUGUUAGACCUCUAGAACAUUUGCAUGAAGAAAAUGGAGUAAAAGGUCAUGUAGAUGGUGAAGUAAAUGGCCAUGUCAAUGGAUACUCAAAGGAAAUGAUCAAUGGUAAACACCACCAUGAAAGAAGAAUUACCCCUAUAAAAGGCAGGAGCCUUCUUCCUAUUUUUGAUGCAAUCAGUGAUGAAAAUGGAGACGUGGAACUAAAUGGAGAUCUAAAUGGUUUUGAUCAUCCUAAUGGGGUGCAUGAUUUGGAUAUGAGAAAUCUAGAAGUGGAAGACAAGAACGUGGCCAUUGAGGAAGAGGUGGAUCAUCUGUAUGAAAGGCUACAAGCUCUUGAAGCAGAUAGGGAGUUCUUAAAACAUUGCAUAAGUUCCUUGAAGAAAGGUGACAAAGGAAUGGAUCUUCUUCAAGAAAUACUACAACAUCUUCGAGACUUGAGAAAUGUUGAGCUUCGAGCUAGAAACUUCAGUGAUGGCGCUAUAGUAUGAGAUUGAACUUCGACAUCAUGCCAAAGAAGAUGGUUGACAGCAUUUCUGCGGUUCAGUUGCAGCAAUGGACUUGCGAUGGAAGAAGAAGUGCAGAGGAUGAUCCUCUGGUCAUCAUUGAGAUAGCUGUAUGAAAUUCCAAAAAAAUUUUGGGUCAGUCAUAAGUGAAACUGUCAUGGGAAGUCCCUUCAGUGGAAGAGGAGGCUCCUGGUAUCAAUGGUCUACAUUUUGGAAAUCUUGGUGGACAGGAAGUUGAAGUGUCUGCCUGAACUUUGUUCUUUUGUUUCCCCUGGUUAUUGAGUCCAUCAGUAUACACCCAAAUUUUUGUGGGGGGCGGUGUCCAUCACCUCCUUUUGAGGGAAAGGGGGAAGAUGAAUGUAUCUGUGUGUAGUCUAGUGAACGAGUCCGUCCUGUCAUUUGUAUUUUGUGAGGAAAAGUCCUGGCUUGCAAAGCUGGAGAUAUCCAACUAAAGAUUCCAGUGCCAGGUGAGUAGGGCUAGAUUAUUUCUAGGCAUUUAGGAGUAGCAAAUCCUGCUUUUGUUUUUUUGUUUUCUUUCUUUUUUUUUCCAGUUUUAGUUUUAUUAUUUUCGAGGUAAGGGAAAGAGGAGUAAAAAACUUCCCUUUUCCUAUCUCAUCUUUGCAUCGUUUCAUCAAGAGGUUUGUUUAUUAUAUGAAGGGCAAAGUUAGUAGUUGAAUACUCUGUAUCCACUUGUAAGUAUAUAAAAUGAGUGUUUGAGUAAGUAUA